AUGAUUUUUCGCGUCUUUCUGCUGCUGCUGCUGCUGCUUCUGCUGCUGCCUUGGGCCAUCGGCAAGAUCCGAAUGCCCAUGUGCUUAAUGAAGAAACUCUUUCCGACUCACUCGGACUAUUAUAGGCAGGGAGACCACAUUAUUGGUGGGAUCCUCUCUCAGGUUAUUUCAAUGCUUGACCUGGAGUCCUUCCAGCAGCCUCCCCAUCCUUGGUACAUUAAGUACUUCAUGCUGGUGCCGAAGAACUACCAGCAUGUCUUGGCCUUGGUGUUUGCCGUUAACAAGAUUAACCAGGAUCCUGAGCUGUUACCCAACAUCACGCUGGGCUUCCGCAUCUAUGAGAGCUUUUUCAGCCCCAGGAAGACCUACGAGAGCUCUUUUACCCUGCUAUCCACCAGGUACCUAAUGAUCCCGAAUUACAACUGUGACACCCAGGACAAGUUGUCAGCUGUCAUCGGGGGGCUCGGGUCUGAAACGUCCAUCCAGAUGGCAAGCAUCUUAGGCAUCUACAAGAUCCCACAGAUCAGCUAUGGCUCAUUCCAUGCCAUGCUGAGUAAUAAAUUUCAGUUCCCUUCUUUUUACCGGAUGGUCCCAAAUGAGAUACCUCAGUCGCUAGGAUUGGUUCGGUUAAUGCAGCAUUUCAAAUGGAACUGGAUUGGCCUCAUCGCCUCGGAUGAUGACAGUGGAGAAAAGUUUGUGCAGACUUUGAAGCCAAUGCUUACUAAGAACAGCAUCUGUAUUGCCUUCACAGAACGGGCCCCUCAUGUGCCUUCCUCUUCGAUGGACCACGCAUUUAGAGAGCAACAUUUUAAGCUAUAUUCCAGUAUCACCCAGACAAAGGCUGAGGUGAUUGUUGUAUAUGGUGACACAGACUCCCUAUUAGGUUUAAAAUUGUUUUUACAUGCAAGCUAUCAAACAGCACUGAUACCGAUAGGGAAGGUUUGGAUCACGACAGCUCAGUGGGAUUUCACAUCGUAUAUUGCUUUGAAUAGGUGGACUUUAAAGCCCUUCCAUGGUGCCUUGUCCUUCGCAGUACAUACAGAGGAUGUGCCAGGAUUCCGAGAUUUCCUCCGCACCCUCAACCCUUACCAACCCCAAGGAGAUAUUUUUAUUCAGCGUUUUUGGCACACUGUAUUUAAUUGUUCGGUUCUAUAUAGUAGCUUGACAAUAAAGGGUGGGAGAAAUUGCUCAGGGAAGGAGGAACUGGAAAGCCUGCCGGGUUCUGAUUUUGAAAUGAAAAUGUCACGCCAGAGCUACAGUAUCUACAAUGGUGUCUAUGCUGUGGCACAUGCUCUACAUGCCCUAUACGCAUCCAAAUCCAAAAAGGAAGCCACGGGAAAAGGACAUCGGCUGGAGCUUCAGAACAUCCAGCCAUGGGAGCUCCAUCCUUUUUUGAAAAAUGUCCGAUUUAACAACAGUGCCGGGGACGAAGUGUAUUUCGAUGAGAAUGGUGAAUCAUCAGCUGGAUACGACAUUUUAAACUGGAUCGUUUUCCCCAACGAUUCCUUCAUCAAAGUCAAAGUGGGUCACGUGGACCCACGGGCUCCUGUCGGCCAAGAGUUCACCAUUAACGAAGCAGCCAUUGUUUGGAACAGCAGGUUCAAUCAGACAGUACCAUGGUCCAGGUGCACUGACAGCUGCCAUCCUGGAUAUGUUAGGACAGUUCGGGAGGGGGAGCCACUUUGUUGCUAUAACUGUGUUCCAUGCCCAGAAGGGACAAUUUCCAACCAGACAGAUGCAGAUCAUUGUGAUAGGUGCCCAGAAGAUCAGUAUCCAAACAAGGACCAAGAUAAAUGCAUCCCCAAGUUUAUGGAUUUCCUUUCCUAUGAAGAACCUUUGGGAUUUGUUUUGGCUUCUUUUGCUCUUUUAUUUUCUCUUCUCACAGGGCUGGUGCUAGGAAUGUUUAUUAAGCACCGGGACACUCCCAUAGUGAGGGCCAAUAACCGGGAGCUCAGUUAUGUUCUUCUCUUCUCCCUCCUGCUCUGCUUCCUCUGCAGCUUGGUAUUCAUUGGCCAGCCUGGCCGGGUGACCUGUCUUCUCCGACAAACGGCUUUUGGUGUCAUCUUCUCUGUCUCUGUUUCUUCUGUGUUGGCAAAAACCAUCACUGUGGUUCUGGCCUUCAAGGCCACGAAACCAGGAGCCAGCAUGAGGAAGUGGCUGGGGAGAAGACUGUCCGGCUCCAUCAUCAUUUCCUGUUCCCUUAUCCAAGUUGGGAUCUGCGCUGUCUGGCUGGGAACUGCUCCCCCGUUCCCAGACCUGGACAUGAAAUCGGAGGCUGGACACAUCUUAGUGCAAUGUAAUGAGGGGUCAAACACCGCCUUCUACUGUGUCCUGGGCUACAUGGGCUUCCUGGCCAUUGUCAGUUUCACGGUUGCUUUCCUAGCCAGGAAGCUGCCUGAUACUUUCAAUGAGACCAAGUUCAUUACCUUCAGCAUGUUGGUGUUUUGCAGCGUGUGGGUCUCCUUCAUCCCCACUUACCUGAGCACCAAGGGGAAAUACAUGGUGGCUGUGGAGAUCUUCUCUAUCUUGGCUUCUAGCGCUGGGCUACUGGGCUGCAUCUUCAUCCCCAAGUGCUACAUCAUUGUGCUGAGGCCUGACCUGAACACCAGGGAGCACAUCGUUGGCAACCAAAUUAAUAGGCAGCAGGUUUAA